GACCAGGAAGAAAAUAAAGGAGCCACCAGCUGGCCGGAGUUUUAUAUCGAUCAGCUGAAUUCAAUGGCUGCUAGAAAAUCACUGAUAGCCUUGGAAAAAGAAGAUGAGGAGGAGAGAAAUAAAACAAUUGAGAGUUUGAAGACUGCACUGCGGACAAAACCAAUGAGGUUUGUAACCCGGUUCAUCGACCUGGAUGGCUUGUCGUGUAUUCUGAACUUUCUCAAAAGCAUGGACUAUGAGACAGCAGAGUCUCGAAUACAUACCUCGCUCAUUGGAUGUAUAAAAGCACUAAUGAACAACUCCCUGGGUCGGGCUCAUGUCCUGGCCCAUUCGGAGAGUAUUAAUGUAAUCGCUCAGAGUCUGAGCACGGAGAAUAUUAAGACGAAGGUGGCAGUGCUGGAAAUCAUGGGCGCUGUGUGCCUGGUUCCUGGCGGCCACAAAAAGGUACUGGAGGCAAUGCUGCACUACCAGAAAUAUGCCAGCGAACGGACUCGUUUUCAGACGCUGAUCAAUGACUUGGACAAGAGCACAGGGCGGUAUCGGGAUGAAGUGAGUCUCAAGACAGCCAUCAUGUCCUUCAUCAACGCAGUCCUGAGCCAAGGGGCAGGCGUGGAAAGCCUGGAUUUCAGACUCCACCUGAGAUAUGAAUUUCUCAUGCUUGGGAUCCAGCCAGUCAUUGAUAAACUACGAGAGCAUGAAAAUUCAACCCUUGACCGGCACUUAGAUUUUUUCGAAAUGCUUAGAAAUGAAGAUGAACUGGAGUUUGCCAAAAGAUUUGAGCUGGUCCACAUCGACACCAAAAGUGCGACUCAGAUGUUUGAGCUGACGAGGAAAAGGCUAACACACACUGAGGCGUACCCGCACUUUAUGUCUAUCCUGCACCACUGUCUCCAAAUGCCUUAUAAAAGAAGUGGCAACACUGUCCAGUACUGGCUGCUGCUCGACAGGAUCGUGCAGCAAAUCGUCAUCCAGAGUGACAAAGGGCAGGACCCCGAUGCCACUCCCUUGGAAAACUUCAAUAUUAAAAACGUCGUCCGAAUGUUAGUCAAUGAAAAUGAAGUGAAACAGUGGAAAGAGCAAGCAGAAAAAAUGCGAAAAGAGCACAGCGAGCUUCAGCAGAAGCUGGAGAAGAAGGAGCGGGAGUGCGAUGCCAAGGCCCAGGAGAAGGAAGAAAUGAUGCAGACACUGAACAAGAUGAAGGAGAAGCUGGAGAAGGAGUCCAGCGAGCACAAGCAGGUCAAGCAGCAGGUGGCGGAUCUCACAGCACAGCUCCACGAGAUGAGCAGGAGGGCGAUCUGUGCUGCCGGCCCCGGAGGACCUCCCUUGCCACCAGGAGCUCCUGGUGGCCCUUUACCUUCUCCAGCUCCCGGAUCCCUUCUUCCCCCUCCACCACCA